UUUGUCAUCUGACAUCUGAUUUAUUGACAGUCGUUAACCUAUAAAAAUGUAAAUUAGCUCAGGCUCGCGAAUUGUUAUGUAGUUUUUAAAAUAAACCCAAGAAAAAUAGUUGGCAUGGCUUCGAAAUUAUCCUACGUUCAAGCCGUAUCGUCGGUGAACCCAAGUUUCUGGAACAAAUUGACCGAGAUCAAACUGAACGUGGACAAAUUGAGUGAAUCCCCUAGGCCAGUCUGGGGCUAUUUCACCCUUUUGUCCAAGACCACCGUAAAUCAACCAUUAAUUGAGCUGGAUAGUACGUCUUUUAAUUCGGAUUUUAAUGGACAGAACAUGUACGUUCCCUUUAAGGGGAAAGUUAUCAAUAAAAACACAGUGGAAGAUUUCAAAGAAUGUAACAAACAGGACGUGAUUAAUACAGAGGGAAAAUGUUUGUGCGAGAAUAUAGUUUCAGGGGAAGCUAUUAAAAACCCUGUUUUGUUAAAUUCCUUUUUACUUCUAACAUUCGCAGAUUUGAAGAAAUAUCAUUAUUAUUAUUGGUUUUCAUUUCCUGUUCCUAGUGGAUUAGUUUUAGAAAAAUUCUCAGCGAAAAUAAUUUCUGAAGAAUUUAAUUCUGAUAGGUUAAAACAACUUUAUGUUGCCUUCCAAGCUUUAGAUGCCAUGAAUAAGACGUAUUUUAUAAUCGAAAACCAAAACGAUAAACUUCUAGUCCACUCGUUGUCAUCAAAGCUCUCUGAACUGACAGCUGAAAGUACAACAGAUAUUUAUUUUGCAUUUUUUAAUAUAUCUAUGGAUAAUAAAUCUAUAGGAUCUCAGCUGAGGAACUAUGCUGCCUUAAUACUACACCAUUGUCCAUUUUUAAAAGGAAAAACCCAAAAAUUUGUCGCAGUAAGUGUUACACGACAUGGAUCUGAGGUUGGUCUUGAUACUUCAGUUAUAUAUAAUUUACUUUUGCCUGAUGUGUCUACUGAUAAGUUUGACUCUUGGGUUGGAUGGGAGAAAAAUGAAAGGGACAAAAUGGGGCCUAGAGUAGCUAACAUGAAGAAUACAUUGGACCCUAAAAUAAUAGCGGAGAACUCUGUGUACUUAAAUUUGAAACUAAUGAAAUGGAGGAUAGUACCAGAUAUCAAUUUGGAAGUGACCGAAAAUGCGAAGUGUUUACUGAUUGGAGCUGGAACACUUGGUUGUGCCGUAGCCCGAUGUUUAUUGGGUUGGGGAGUUAGAAACAUAACCUUUGCCGAUAACGGAUAUGUAUCGCAUUCAAAUCCAGUGAGACAAAGUUUAUAUACUUAUGAGGAUGCUCUGAGUAUGAAAGCUAAAAGUGAGGUUGCUCCCAAGAAUCUGGAAAAAAUAUUCCCAGGAGUAAAUGCCAAAGGUGUUCAUAUUUGCAUUCCAAUGCCUGGGCAUAGUGUUGGAGAGAGUAUGCUUAAGCAAACUGUAGAAGCUGUGCAGGUUUUGACUGAUUUAAUUAAGGAUCACGAUAUUAUAUUUUUGCUCACUGAUUCCAGGGAGAGUAGGUGGCUCCCUACCUUAUUGGGGUGCUAUCACAAAAAAAUUGUUAUUAACUCCGCUUUAGGUUUCGAUAGUUAUCUAGUGAUGAGACACGGUUGUUCAAGUGAUACUUCGAAUAACCCAGAACUAGUUCAGGACAUCGAGGGUUACAAAAUAAUCGACGGUGACAAUUUAGGAUGUUAUUUCUGUAAUGACGUCACCGCACCAGGAGAUUCAAUGAAAAACAGGACUCUGGAUCAGCAAUGCACAGUUACUAGACCUGGCGUUGCUCAGAUUGCUGGAGCUCUGGCAGUGGAGCUUGCUGUUUCUAUUUUGCAGCACGAGAAAAGGAUAAAGGCGCCAGCUUUCUACAAAAUCUCUUCCAAAGCCGAAGAUCUAGAUCCAGAAAUAGAAAACCAGUGCAUUUUGGGCCUGAUUCCACAUUCAAUCAGGGGAUUUUUGUCGUCUUUCAAUCAAAUGCUGCCGGCGACCAUGAAAUACGAUAAGUGCGUGGCCUGUUCAGAUGUCAUUCUAAACGAAUACAAAGAAAAAGGAAUCGACUUCUUGCUGAAAGUUUUUGACAGCUCAAAACAUCUAGAAGAUGUCACUAAACUCACCGAAAUGUUGGCUGAUUUCGAUAUGGACGAGAUCUUAGAAUUCAGUGAUGAAGAAAUUGAGUAAAAUACAUAAACAAACAGAUAUACAGAAUAAAAUAUCUCCUGAUUUGUGUCAAAUUAUUAUAUGUAAAAUUAAUAUUUAUAAAUAAUAUCACUCUCUUUUUAUACAGGUUUAUACCUGUUCUUAUUUUUAUACAUUUUUUUAUGGCAAGUUGACUUAAUUUUACGUAUUUUGAGAUUAUAGCAAGCAGUUUAUAUGGAAUAUAUCUAAAAUUGUAGGGCCGUAACUACCAAAAAGUUACCUACCUGUCCAAAGAUUAAAAAAGAUGUUUUUGUAGUCAAAAAUGUGUUUUAAAAAAUUGCCUAUUUUUGUGUUUUGAUACGGUUUUUUAAAGAUAACCGUAAAUAUGGCCCUAGCAAGACAUUUAAUGUAUUGAUAUUUAUAAACAAAAAAGCUUCCAAGUGGUCGUUGAAUAAACAGCAAUGUAUGUUGUUAAUGUUUGUAUUGUUGAGCAAAAUAAAGAAUUAAUAAAUUG